AUGAGCUGCAGCAGUCUGGCAAGGUUAGAGGAAUUUUCAGAGGAGGAGCUGGAGCUGAGCAUGCUAGGUCAGGGAGAGAAUGAUGAGGUGAGCGAUGGCAGCCCCGUGGGCCCCUUGCAGGACAGCGAGGGCUCGGCCAGCAGCCCUCCCAGCGAUGACACUGAGGGCGGCCAGUCCAAGAAGCGUAGCCGCCCGGUUCGCUCCAAGGCCCGCCGUGUAGCCGCCAACGUACGUGAACGCAAACGCAUCCUGGACUACAACCAGGCCUUCAACGCUCUGCGUGUGGCACUCAACCACGACCUCAGCGGCAAGCGGCUCUCGAAGAUUUCCACCCUGCAGAGGGCCAUCAACCGCAUCUCAGCCCUCUCUGUCUUCCUCAGCUCCAACCCCCCCAGUAAGCCUUGCUCCCACCGGGAGUGCCACAGGACAGCUGGGAGGUCAUUGGCGGUGGGAACGGUGGGGACGUCACGGCUGGAGCCGCCCAGGGUGACAGUUGCUCAUCGCCUGGAUUCCCAGAACUACGUCUCCUGUAACCACACAUCACUCCCCCAUCAGAUACAGCCUCAGCAGGGAACCCACCCUCACAGGCUGCCAACAGAGACACACCUCUACAUUGACAGCUUGGGCUCCUCAUGCCCCCCUUCGCCACACUACCCCUGCUAUCCUGCCAAGGGCCAGUUGUACCCCUCACGCGGACACUGUGGGACAGGGAACCCCUUGGAGCAGCCACCAAGCCCUAUUAGGUACACCCAGGUGGGUGAAGGGCUGGGGUACCAGACUAGGGGGUGGGCCUCCUGCGCCCAGGGCUACAUUGAUGCCUUUAUGGAGUCGUCUCCAGCCCUGGGCCUCCCCUGGCAGGUGAGCCACAUCCAGGAGACAGCAGGCCCCCAGCACAGCCUGCCCCUACUCUGA